ACCCCAAGAGGGGAGUGAAGCAUUGAAUAUAUUAUAUAGCCCAACAACAUGGCAGUAGCAAAAUGUGCUUACGUAGCCUACUUAUUUUUUCUUAGCUUGGGAUUUUGUGGUGCUUAUAGAUUCCCCCCUCCCAAGCCUGAUCAAGAAGCUGAUCAUAAACAAGAAGGCCAUGGCAUCCAAGGAGGAAUGUGGUCAUGGGGAAAAGGCGGCGGUGAUGGCGGCGCCGUUGGAGGAGUUGGCAGCGCUAGUGUCAAUUCAGGUCCUGGAUUUGGCGUUGCUGGUGGGAAUAUUGCUGGUUCCGUCGUUGAUCUUGGUACCGUUCAGGGUUCUGGGGUUGGUGUAGGAGGUUCUGGAGGUGGUUUCGGUUCUGGCCAAGGGAGUGGAGGCGGUUCCUGCACUGGGAACGACUGUGGUGGAGGAGGUUCUGUAGGUGGUUCUGGUUAUGGCUGGGGCAGUGGUUCUGGUUCUGGUGGCGGCUCCGGCUCCGGCUCCGGCCAAGGGAGUGGAGGUGGUUCCGGCACUGGGAGCGGCUGUGGUGGACGAGGUUCUGGAGGUGGUUCCGGUUCUGGCGGGGGCAGUGGUUCUGGUUCUGGUGGCUGCUCCGGCUCCUGCUCCGGCUCUGGCCAAGGAAGUGGAGGUGGUUAUGGCGGUGGCCCAGUCGGUUGGAUCCCAUCGUUCGAAAUUCCUGGUUUUACUAUCGGUGGUAUUGGAUGGGGUGGUCUCCAGUGCACACCGGUUAAUUGUCCCGGUGAUGGAUGCGGUUCAAUGAGAUUGUACUUCGAUUAUGGCAACCACAAGGACGGCAAGGAAGGCGACGGCCAUCAUGAUCAUGAUCAGGACCAUAAUGGCGUAAAGAGGUCCACAGAUGAAAGCCAUGGCGAGGAUAUUGUAGAGCACAAGUUCGAUCAUCGUGACCAAAAGCACAUGAGAGAUGCCAUGGCCCCAAAGUCAGGCUAGGUGGACCUGGGGCAAGUCCGCUGAUCAGCUGCAGGGCGGACGUACUUCAAUAAAACAUGUGCUGUAUAUAUAUAUAUACACACACACCUUAAUAAAACUUUCAGACCGAUCUGUUCUAAU